GGUACUCACUCUGCCCGCUGACUGAUCUGUCUGUGCAGUCAGGGUAUAUCAGGAGGGAGUGAGGUACAUGGGCAGUGCUAAACCACACAACCUGAUUCUGGAUUGAAGCGGCGGAGCAACUUGCUGUGUGUUUGUGCGUGUGUGUGUGUGUGUGUGUGUGUGUGUGUCUGGGUGUGUGUGUGAGGGUGAGAAACGGAGGUUGAAGUACCCGGUCCGCCGACACUUUGAGGUGAUCCCAACUGAAUCAAUAUGAAGACUUCUCUAUUGUCUUUCGCAGUGCUCUUCCAUCUAAUUCAUUAUUGCCAGGGAGACUGUAAGGCUGAGUGCCUUACCUGUAACAACCUCUAUCAGCAAGAACAGUUCAGUGUGUUGGCCUGCAAUCUUGAGUGUGAAGGGAAAGUUCCAUCUUCUGUCAUGUGGAAAAACUGCAGAAAAAUCAUCUCUCUGUCUCCAUUGUUACCUCUGAAACUGAGCACGUCUCAAGCUGGCAGCCUUCCUUUUGGCAUUGCUGGUGUCUUUGGGACACUUGGCUCGGGAAGUACUCACAAGUUUCUCCAAGCUGUGGAGAAUAUAUCUCCCAUCGGCAACACAGAAGACAUCUAUGAAGAUAAAGCUGAGGCCACAUUUGAGGUGAACAGCAGCCCACAAGAUACAGUAAUGGCUUCAGGCAAGAAGUCUUAUGACUUCCAAGCAGAGUCACUGGCUUCCAAGCCAAACGAAAGGGCUACGAAGAGGAAUCGUGAUAUCAGCAAUUCUGUAGAAGGCGAGAAAAAUUUCCAGAAGAGAUAUGGUGGCUUCAUGGGCAUCAGAAAAUCAGCCAGGAACUGGAGCAAUCUGAUCAGACAGACAAGUCAGAAAAGAUACAGCAAAUUUCUUAAGCAGUAUCUUGGGCUGACCACACGCUCUACUGAAGACAGUUUACCAGGCAACUUGGCUGCAUAAAUGUAAGAUUGUGAGAUUUGGUUUAGCUAAUGCCUAGGUUAGUUUACAGGGGAGUCAGCCUUAACUCCAGCCAAUGUCAUUUUCAUUGCUGCAUUUGAUACUAAUUUAAUCUGGGAGUAAAAGGAUCAUUAUAACUACCACACACAUCAGUUUUCAAAGUCUCCUUUGCUUCUAAAGGAAAAUUAAGAUGAUAAAGUUCAUAUCAUUAGCUGUUCAUUUAAAGAACCAUCACAAUCUUAUAAGAUUUUGAGCAGGACAUGGACCAGGAUUUGUGAGGGAAGUGCAUGAAGUGAAAUGGUGGCACACUCAAGGACAUAAACUCACCAUUGAUUGGAUCUACCUAUAAAAGUUGAUCCUUUAAAUGCUACAAGCUGCUGCUCUGGAAACACAACAGUUGUUUAACUAGACAUAUAUUCAAUGAACCUUCACAGAAUCACACACUGAAAUAACACAGAAGGUGUGUUAGUUCUUUGGUUGAGGUAUUCAAUAAUAUAAUUUUUUUCUAAAACUAAGCAAAAAUUUUACUAUUUAUAAGUUAUUAUCAAAUUGUAAGACCAGAAGACCAAAGACAUAGGAGCAGAAUUAGACCAUUCAGCCCAUCAAUCUCUCUGCCAUUCCAUCAUGGCUGAUUUACUGAUUUACAGAAUUAGACCACUCAGCCCCAUUCUCCUGCCUUCUUGCUGUUACCUUUGACACACUGAUUAAACAAGAAUCUAUCCACAACCAUAUUAAAUAUACCCAAUGAACAGGCCUGCACAGCUGUCUGUGACAUGAUGACUUUGGCCUACUUUAUCAUGUCUCUCCAAGUACCCUUAAACCUCAUCCCUAAUAAUAGACUCCAACAUCUUUGCCAACCACUGAAGUCAGGCUAACUGGCCCAUAAUUUCCUUUCUUCUGCCUCCAUCCCUUCUUAUAGAGUGGAGUGACACAUGCAAUUUUCCAGUCCUCUGGAGCCAAUCCAGAAUCUAGUAGUUCUUGAAGGAUCAUUAUAAAUGCCUCAACAAUCUCUUCAGCUACCUCCUUCAGAGCCCUUGAGUGUAGUCCAUCUGGUCCAGGUGACUUAUCUACCUGCAGACCUUCCAUCUACCCAAGCACCUACUCUUUAGUAAUAGCAAUGACACUCACUUCUACCCCUUGACACUCUCACAGUUCUGGCAUUCUGCUAGUGUCUUCCAUAGUGAAGACUGACAGAAAAUUCUUAUUAAGUUUGUCUGCCAUUCUCCAGCACAAUUUUUUUUUUAGCAGUCUGAUAUCCAUUCUCAUCUCUCUUUCACUCUUUAUAUAUCUGAGUAAAACUUUUUUGUAUCCUCUUUUAUAUUAUUGGCUAGCUUUUCUCAUCUUUUUUCUUUAUGGCUUUUUAGUCACCUUCUAUUGAUUUUUAAAAGCUUCCCAAUCCUUAACCUUCCCACUAAUUUUUGCAGUAUUAUAUCUCUUUCACUUUUAUGCUGUUUUUGACUUCCCUUGUCAGCCAUGCUUGCCUGAUCCCCCCUUUAGAAUAUAUCUUCAUCUUUGAGACGUUUCCUUCUUGUGCCUUCUGAACUUCUCCCAGAAACACCAGCCAUUGCUGUUCUGCUGCCGUUCCUGCUUGUGUCCCCUUCAAUUCAUCCUUGGUCAGCUCCUUUCUCAUGCCUCUGUAAUUUCCUUUACUCCACUGUAAUACUGAUACACCUGAUUUUAGCAUCUUCUUCUCAAACUGCAGGGUGAAUUUUAACAUAUUAUGAUCUCUGCCUCCUAAUCAUUCCUUUUCCUUCAACUCCUUAAUUAGAGUUAUUACAUAACACCAAUCCAGAAUCCUGUGCUGAUUGCAGCCCACUGAAAAGAGCCGAAAGCACUGGAGCUCUUUUUAAACCUCGCGCUGAGUCACUGGCAAAUGAUUCUGGCGCUAAUUUACAGUCUGCUGAAACCUUCUUCCUUAAUCUUGCACAUAUUGCAAUCCAAUAUGCAGUAAAUUCCAGAGUAAAAUAGUUUCUCCUCAUUUUCCUUUGAAUUUGAAGGUUCCUAGUAUGGAUCAGUUUAUCAGAUUGGAUAAUACUAACUUCCCAUUGAAUUGUUCAUCCCCUAUCAUUAUCUCCUGGAAGAGAUAAAUGGCUAAGUAGAGUAAAUCUUCAGAGAGGGUGCAAAGCUGUUUUACCUGGAUCCUGCCUGGACUAGAGAGCAUCUCUUAUGAAGAUAAGUUAGGUGAGCUUGGGCUUUACUCUUUGGAGUGAAGGAGGAUGAGAGGUGACAUGACAGAGAUGUAUAAGAUGACAAGAAGCAUAGAUCAAGUGGAAUAGCCUGUUUCCCAUUCCAUUCUAUUCUAUUUUAUUGUGCUAAUUAUUGUUGGCAUGGAUGAGAAAUUUUAAAAGUCUUACUCUCCUAUCAUACUCUAAGGUGGUCAUUUGACUUACUUCAUUUAAGAGCAUCAGUGGUAAAGUAUAUUUGUUACCAAAUCUGAUCCAGUUUCCCCGUUCUAUUCUUCUAUAUGGACUCACACAAGGCAUAAAAUUUCUGCUGGUUUUACCAGUUUUCUACCAUAUCUUUGAUGAAAGAUUUCGCCUCGUCCCACUCCAUGGACGAUACAUAGACUGCUGCUAAGGUCACUGGAUGUCAGGUGAAUCCUUCACUGUCUUACCAAACCAUCGACUGAGAGCUCCAUUCUCCAGGAGUUUCCCACAGAAAAAUAUUCAAGGAACAAAUAUUAUUGUGACAAAGGCAGUUUGUGAUAAGCCAUUACCCUCCUCAGGCUAGUAGGUCACAUGAGAAUGAAACCAGCGUUUGCAAUUAUUUUACUAGACUACAGUUGCCCUAACUAUGGCAACCAUUAGUUUGGUCAGCUGAAAGGGAGACUUUGCUGACCUGAGGUAUGUGCAUAGCAAAACAGACUCUUUCUCUACAUGCUCCCACUGUUAUAAAGAGAAGAGAUGGUGGACAUUGAAUUAAGGAGAGGUUCAUGGGGCAGAAGAGCAACCACAAGUUAAUGGUAAUGGUCAUGCAGAUAGUCUGGAGAUAUCUGGCAGAUGAAAGAUGGGGUAGUGGGGAACUGAGGAAAUCUACAGAAAAGGCAAGUGAGGAUGCAAAGUCAAUGGCACCACCUAUCUGGAAGCCCUACCACUUAUCAGAAUGCCUUUCCAGCUGUCAAAUUCUUGGGCUGCCAUGUUUCUGUGCUGAUACCAGAAUAAUGCUAUUUGCCAUUUUGCGAUGAUGUAGUCCCUUGUGGCAUGUGUUUGGACUGAGAAAUCCGCACCAGUUUAACUUGGCCCAAGACCUGUAUCCCAUUUACUUCACCUAGAAUAAAUAUCUCUGGAGAGAAGUAUGUUUAAAGCAGACAUUGAUAGGUUCUUGAAUGGUAAGGGUGUCAAAGGUUAUGGGGACAAGGUAGGAAAAUGAGGUUGAGAGGAAUAAUAAAUUAGCCAUGAUCAGAAGGCAGAGCAGACUUGAUGGGCCAAAUGGACUAAUUCUGUUCCAAAGUCUUUUGAUCUUGUGCUUCAAUCUGAAAAAUGUUUGGGAACCUUGUAAAAAAUAUUUGUUGGAAUAUCAUUAAACUUGCUAUAUUAGAAAGCCCAUUAUGCAUAUACACAGGAUCUAAUGUAAUAUCACUGACAUAUGUUGUGAAAUGUGUUGUUUUGUGAUAGCAGUACAGUGCAAUACAUUAGAAAUAUACCAUAAACUACAAUAAGGAAUAUGUAUAAAUAAGUAGUGCAAAAAAAGAGCAAAGGCAGUGAGGUGGUGAUCAUGGGUUGGUUCAUUGUCUGUUCACAAAUUUGAUGGCAGAGCAGUAGAAGCUGUUCCUAAGCUAUUCCCAUGUCUUCAGGCUUCUACAGUCUAAAGUCUACAGUCACAUGAAUUCACAGUUUUGCAAUCCCCCAUUGUUCCUUCCACUCUUUCAUUGACCAAUUCAUCAUAAAAUCUCCAAGUUAUAUAGGUCUCAUGUUUUAGAGUUCAAGACUGCAAACAUUGGCAGCAUCCUCUCCCUAAUCUGGCUGUAGUCACUGGGAUCAGAAAGUAAAUAUGGGACAUAGAAAUCUAUAAAACCAGCUUCUCUGCUCAACCACUAUUACAACUGAACUGUUUUUACUUUUCAACAUCAAUAUAGAAAAUUAUCCUUAAUAACCUUGUAGUCUUUCACUUAUUUUGAAAUCUCCUGCCAAAGGCAUCCAGCGGAGGUUAGUGGUCCACUGUAAUUAAGCCCCAAGGUUUCUUCACAAGCCACAUCUGUAAUCAACUAAUAUCUAUAAUAAUAUUAACAAUCACAGUAAUAUUAACUCAGCUGCACUGCACCAGCUGGUUAUAUUCCACGGGUUAACUCUGUAAUACUGGAGAUAAAGGUGGCAACAAUAUGGCCCUAGAAAAAUUGAUAAAAUCAGUCUGUUUCUCUGCCUCAACCAGUCCAAUUGGUGGUAGGAAAAAGGUCUGAUGGGUGGGCAUUUUGAUCACAACUUACUUCCCUUUCUGUUGGUAAUCCAGAUCAACAUUUGCUGAAACAUAGGGCAUGACUUGAUCUUCUUUUUGGAAAGUUGUAACUGUGUAAUUACUCCCAUAUAAAAAAACAAUCUAACCUCUUUCUUAGGACCUAUCAUCACACUGGUGAAACUACUAAUUCUGGUUUAGUGCUAUGAAAUUCACUCUUUUGUUUAAAAAAGUUCCUGAAUGAAAUUAAUUAACUUACUUGUAUUUGCCUUGUAGUGGGGAGAGCUAUCCAUGAAUAGACAUAUUACACUUUGUUUUGUAAUUUUCAACAGUAAAGGCUGAUUUCCCCUUCAAUAGUUGUGAUUAGUUUGGCUGCUGCAUGCUAUGUGAUCAGCAAAAUUAUUUCUUAAACUGCUUUUCUUUGAUUAUGCACUGUUUUUUUGAAUCUGAUUAAAAGAGACGUGUUCUUGGUUCAA